AUGCUAACGUUACUAUCUGGCCUUUUUUCCAUCCUCGUAAUAACAGAAUUUGUUCUAGGGAAUUUUGCCAAUGGCUUCAUAGCAGUGGUGAACUGCACUGACUGGGUCAAGAGACAAAAGAUGUCCUCAGCUGAUCGAAUUCUGACUGCUCUGGCGAUCUCCAGAAUCAGUUUGCUCUGGGCAAUGUUAGUGAACUGGUAUGCAGUCGUGUUGAAUCCUGCUUUAUACAUCUUCAAAGUAAGACUUCUUGUUCAUGUUGCGUGGACGGCAAGCAAUCAUUUUAGCAUCUGGCUUGCUACUAGCCUCAGCAUAUUUUAUUUGUUCAAAAUAGCCAAUUUCUCUAGCCUUAUUUUUCUUCGCCUGAAGUGGAGAGUUAAAAGUGUAGUUGUUGUGAUCCUGUUGGAGUCUUUGUUCUUGUUGGUUUUUCAGAUUGCAGUGGUAAGCAUGUAUGAGAAAAUUCAGAUGAAGGAAUGUGAAGGAAAUGUCACUAGGCAGACCAAAUUGGGGAGCAUUUUACACCUUUCGAGUAUGACUAUAUUCACACUAGCGAACUUUGUACCCUUUGCUAUAUCCCUGACAUCUUUUCUGCUGUUAAUCUUUUCCCUGAGGAAGCUUCUCAAGAGGAUGCAAUCCAGUGGUAAAAGAUCCCAAGAUCCCAGCACCAAGGUCCACAUAAGAGCCAUGCAGACUGUGAUCUCCUUUCUCUUUUUAUUAGCUGGACACUUCACGACUCUCAUUAUCACAGUCUGGAGUAGUAAUGGGCUGCAGAAUGAACUAUUCUUCAUGAUUUGCCAAGCUUUUGGAUUUGUGUAUCCUUCAAGCCACUCAUUUAUCCUGAUCUGGGGAAACAAGAAGCUAAAACAGGCUUUUCUGUCUGUUUUAUACCAGGGGAAGUACUGGCUGAAAGAACAGAAACUCUCAACUCCAUAG